AUGUAUGUGACAGUAUUUUUGAUCACUUUUAUCGUGACCUAUUUCGUGCACAAAAUCUACUCUUUCCGCCAAAAGAUCAAGUGGGCCGACAACUUGCCAGGCAGAAAGGAUUGGUUCUUCUACAAUCUCAUCUUCAAAGUUCAAGGUGCAUCGCCCACAGAACGUGCCCGUUACGCGAUCGAAAUUGUUCGUGAAUAUCCUCGUUUUUGUGCAUAUUUCUUGUUCCCGAAAGUUUGUCUCCACGUCAAUCAUCCGGAAUUGAUCAAGCAAGUUCUCACGAAUCCCGACUGCAUAGCUAAGACGAGCAUAUAUAAGUUGUCCGGAUGGGGCAACGGAUUGGGAACAGCGCCGCCAGAUAGAUGGCGUGUCUCGCGCAAACACAUCAAUCCGGCACUCGGAACCAAGUCGCUUUUGACUUUUAUUCCCAUUUUUGAUGAAGCCAGUCAGAAUUUUGUCAAAAAAUUGAAACCGAAUUUGGGAAAGGAACCGUUUGAUUUAUUCAAAUAUUCGGUGUUGGUUACUCUUGACACAAUUUGUGCAACGUCGUUUGGUGUUAAAGUUAAUGCAUUGGAAAAAAAUAUUAGUUUUAAUGAACAUUUGGAAAAGAUGCACGAAAUUAUAUUCAAACGCGUCAUGUUUCUUCCACUGCAGAAAGAUUGGAUAUUUAAAUGGACAAAAUUAUACAAGGAAGAUAAAAUUGCACGGGAAGAAUGCUACAGAUUCGGGAAAGAAUUGGUCGAGGAACGCAAGAAAAUUCUCGCCAAAGAACGCGAAGCUCUCGAAAACAGCAACAACAACAAUGAAAUAGAAGAAGCAAAAAAAGACAAACCAGUUAUUUUCUUGGAUCAUCUGAUGUUCACACCAAAAAGUGACGGCACCUUUUUUCCCAAGGACGAAGUCAAAGAUCACAUUAACACGAUGAUUUCAGCUGGAAAUGAGACAACUGCACUUGCCGUCAGUCAUGCGACACUUUUCAUGGCGAUUCAUCAACAUGUUCAAGACAAACUUGUGGAAGAGUUGAAAUCUGUGUUUCCGACGCGUCCCUUGGACAUCACAUAUGAGAAAAUUCAGAAACUCACGUACUUGGAUAUGGUCAUUAAGGAAACUCUGCGUCUUUGUCCAUCGGUGGCGAAUCUCGCACGUCGCAAUAUGAAAGAAAUUGUUCUCGAUGGACACCGAAUUAAGCCCUGGACCGAUAUUCAGAUCUCGCUGAUAGGCACAAUGCGUGGCCCAGAAUGGGACCCGAACCCCAAUGACUUCGACCCCGAUAGAUUUUUGCCAGAAAAUGUCGCGAAACGACACAACUAUGCCUGGAUGGCGUUUAGCAUUGGCAUCAGAAAUUGCAUUGGCUACAAAUAUGCAAUGAUGUCAUUGAAAAUUAUGUUAAUUCACCUAAUGACGAACUACAAAUUCACGACAAAGGUAAAAUGGGAUGAAAUUUAUCCAGCAAUUGAUUUGCAUGGGCACAUUAAUGUUAAGCACAUGGUCUCGAUAGAGGAUCGAAAAUUGUAUGAUUGA